AUGAAUAUCAUUAUGUUGGUUCUAAACGUUGUUGCACUGGUCCUGGUGUUCAGGCAGUCCCUCUACUCCUUUGACUUGAAACGCCCCUCCAGCUACCCCUCCGAUGGACACAAACAAACCCAAAAAAGACUGGAGCGUAUUCUGGAAGCAGCACAGUGGGAUCCGUUGCACGAAUACGAAGAAGAAUAUGGACCGGACCCAGAUGAAGCGUACGACUAUAUAAACCUCUUUUCACUCUUCCAAAGGCAUCACGAACAAGAAGAAGAACAAGCAAACGAAAACCAACCCAACGCAAACCAACCAAGCGCAAACCAACCCAACGCAAACCAACCAAGCGCAAACCAACCCAACGCAAACCAACCCAACGCAAACCAACCCAACGCGCAACAACCAAACGAAGAACAAAACGAAGAACAAAACGAAGCGGAGUUUGCACAAUUUGUGAACAGAGUCACUAGACUCUGGAACCAAACAUUACAACAUAUGGUUAACGAAUAUGUCGGAUACACAGAUAGGUACUACAUGGACAUAGACUGGAGAGAUCAAAUGUGGAAUGAACAUUGGUUCACAUAUUUAGAAAGCGCACACUCAGACUUAAAUAGAUUUAUAAAUGAUCAUACUCUUUCCGUGGAGGCUAGGGAAUGUAUAGUGGAAGAUUUAAUGCACUGGGUCUAUAGCGAUUAUUACAGGUGGUUCUUAAAUCUAGUGAAGGAAGAAUGGGACCACGAAUAUGUCAGACGAACAAAUUCUCUCAUCACGCAAGUGUGA